UCCAAAUUGUCGCCUGGUUUCUGAAGCUUCAACGGUUUCAGUUACACGCGAGCGAGCGCCGGUGGUGUGUGGUGGCUGCUGUCUCCUGUUUGCAGGUUUCAAGUUUGACGAAGUUUGGAAGUGAUUGAUCCCUCUCUCACACAGACACACCCCUGACAACCGGACCACCAUGAGCAGCAGUUACAGCGUGUCUCUGACCGGACCCUCGCCCUGGGGCUUCAGACUGCAGGGGGGCAAAGACUUUAGCAUGCCUCUCACAAUCUCUAAAUUAACGGAUGGAGGAAAAGCAGCCAAAGCGAAGAUCAGCGUAGGAGACGUCGUGCUGUCCAUCGACGGCAUCGCCACGGACACCAUGACUCACCUGGAGGCUCAGAACAAGAUCAAAGCCUGUAUGGGAAACUUGAGCCUCACCCUGCAGAGAACGUCCAGCGUUCCCAAAGCUGAAGUUCCCAAGGAAGAAUCACCGGCGAUCAUUAAACCUGUGCCAAUCAGCCACCCACCUGCUCCUGCCCCUAAUGCCACCCCUACCAACCCACCCCCGAGUAGCGCCUAUAACAAGACGGCUCGUCCGUUUGGAGCAUCGUCUAAUUUUAGAGCGGUCAGCCCGUCCUGCCCUCCUGCAGCACCCAAAGCCUCCAUCCCUUCAGCUUCCUCAGCGUUCACCCCUGCUGCUCCCUCCCAGCAACCUCCACAAGGCCCACAACCUCCCUUCCCACUGGCCAGCAGCUCCACUUCCCGCACAGUCUCCUCUCUUAACCCUGCCCACAAACCUGGCUCCGCUUACUCCCCCUUCUCUCACUCUUCCUCCUCUUCGUCCUCUGGCUCGUCUUCGCCAGCCAGAGUGACAGGCCCCGCCCCUUCAUCUGCUCCUGUUGUCCCCCAGCCUUCAGUCUAUAACACUCCAUUCAACCUAUACUCCAACGAGAACGCAUGCGAGGUAGCUAUGGGUCAGAGGCGUGGCCUGUUGGAGCAACAAGGUGCAGUGGAGCAUCAGAAUGGAGUGCCCAGGAAGCCCGUCACAGAAACGGAGCUGGUGGUGAACCACGGCUCUCACCUGAGCGACGCCAGUAAAAAGCGUCUGAUCGAGGACACGGAGGACUGGCAUCCCCGCACCGGAACCUCUCAGUCCCGCUCCUUCCGCAUCCUGGCGCAGAUCACAGGCACAGAGAAUGAACAAGCUCAUGAAAUCAGUCCUGGAAAAAAUGAGGCCGUAGAGGACGUCCACGCGAACGCUCACGCCACAUCCAUGGUUAAAACCAUGACCAAAGAGUCACGCACUGGGAACGGAGUCCCUCCAGCUACGAGCGUGACUGCCAAGAGCUGGCAGUCUGGAAACACUGCAGGCCUUCCGAAAGCAGGUGUGCCAGUGGCGCACACAGGGCGGGUGUCUGGUGGUGUUCCGAAGGGUCCUGACCGUCCCGCGCCUCAGCCUCACCCCAAAGACCAGGAUUCUCUGGUACAGAGAGCGGAACACAUCCCAGCUGGAACUCGCACUCCCAUGUGUGGUCACUGCAACAUGGUUAUCAGGGGUCCGUACCUGGUGGCUAUGGGGAAGUCGUGGCACCCGGAGGAGUUUAACUGCGCUCACUGCCGCAGCUCUCUGGCCGAGGUGGGCUUCGUAGAGGAGCGCGGCGCUGUUUACUGCGAGCACUGCUAUGAGCAGUUCUUCGCCCCCAGCUGCUGCCGUUGCCAGCAGAAGAUCCUUGGGGAAGUCAUCAAUGCCCUGAAACAAACCUGGCAUGUGUAUUGCUUCCUGUGCACCUCCUGCCAGCAGCCCAUUCGCAACAACACCUUCCACCUCGAGGAUGGACAGCCCUACUGUGAGAGCGACUAUUACAAUCUUUUCGGUACCAGUUGCCACGGCUGUGACUUCCCCAUCGAGGCAGGGGACAAAUUUCUGGAGGCUCUGGGCUUCACCUGGCAUGAUACCUGCUUCGUGUGUUCGGUGUGCAGCACCAGUCUAGAGGGUCAAGCUUUCUUCUCCAAAAAAGACAAGCCACUGUGCAAGAAGCACGCGCACACUGUCAAAAUCUGAUCUCCAAGAAAAGCGGACAUUGGGAUGAAAUUAAAUAAAAAAAAAAAAAAUUGAAAAAAGCUCAAUCAACUUUUAGUGUUUAUUAUAUGAGUGAUUUUUUUUUUUUUUUUUUUUUAGGUAUUGAUAAAGACGUUACUGGGAAAAGUGGUUAGUUCUCUGAUACGCUGAUUGUUAGAGUUCAUACUGUAUGUCGCUAAUCUUUACGUUUUGUCCGUUUCCCUUUGUGGAGCUCUAUGAAAUAAAGUAUUAAUGAAAAUCAGGAUGCUUUCGAAGACAGUAAUAUAUAAUUCGCUAUAUGCUUUAUAUAUUAUCUGUCCUCUUCAGUGGACAUACUGAUGUUUGUGUGUCAUUUUAAAUGUAUUGUUCUCAUGGUGUUUCCUCAUCUUUUUCUAUAACGAAUAUAUUUGUUAUAAUGAUGGGUUUUUAAAAAAAAAAACCUAUGUAGUCAACAAGACAGAAUGAUGUGAGGUUUGGUUUUGUUUUUUGUUUAAGAAAUCUAAACUUCAGAAACUAAAUUGCAGAGAAUUUUGUGUGUGUCCUGAACCUUUUCUCAUAGGCUUCAGUAAUAACGUUUUAUCCGAUUGCCUCUUAGCAUGGAGGUGUUGAUUCAGAGCUACAUGUUUGAUCAGCACUCACUGCUCCGUCUCCUUUCUGCUACUCCAGGCUGUGGAACUUUUUCCCAGGUAUAUUUAUUGAUGCAUUUACUGGGUUCCUGAUGGCUUCGCACAUAUGAAUGUCAAGAGCAAAACUGGUUUAAUAAGUUAACGGGGUGUUUUUUAUGCGAGAUGCAUUUUGGAGCUGCGUGUUGAAACCGAAAACUGAACUCCAGUGUGCGCAGUUUGUCAAUGUAUUACUUUAGCUACAAUGAGCACAUAUUUCAUUUUUAUAAGCUCUAAUGUGCACUCUGGUGUUUAUGAAAUUUUUUUUUUCUCCAUCUCUGUCACUUUCCAGCUAUGAAAUGGAGGAAAUAAACACUGUUCUUAAGAA